AUGAAGUUUUUUCAACUUUUGUUACUCAACGUAGUUGUUUUGGCAGAUUUUAGUCUUCAUUACAAGACUGGUGAGUUAUCUUUUUUAAUUUUCAAAUUAGAAAACGUAAAAAAUAGUAAAAUACGGUGUUCAUUACUAGUUUUUUUAAAAUAUUUAGCAGUUUUUACUAUUUAACCUCAAGAUUAACCGCUGGUGAAUUUAAUAUCACAUUUUUUUAAUAAAUAUUUGAUUUUACUACCAGAUUCAAUAGACAAAACUUGCUUCCAGAUUCAAUAGACCCAUCUUUUGUUACCUACACUUUGGGAAACGACAAAACUGAAUUCAAAGCCUACAUUGACCUACAACGACCUUACUCUUUCGUAUAUUCUUUUAAUUGUAUAGAAAAAGAAAGCUGUGACCAUAAUGACCACAAAGUAACAUACGAUCCUACUAAAAGUGGUGGAAAGCCUUUGGACAAGCAGUUUAUAGACAACAAGUACAAUGACUUUUACUACUACGAAGGAGAGUACUACAAUGACACAAUGCAUAUUGGAAACCAAGAUUUUAACUUGGAGUUUGGACUAGUUGAAUAUGGUGAAGGUGGAUUCUCCAAGUUGGAUGGAGUUUUGGGGCUGGGCAUAGGCGAAAGUGGCACUGAUAGUGUUGUUAACUGA